AUGGAAGAAUUUUCUAGUCAGAAACUCCUCUCAGCUGAUAUAGGCAUAUCCCUAAGAUAGCCCGAUAUGGGCUAGGGAUAGAGGCCAAAACUUCCCACUUGGUUUGGCCAAAAUGGAUUGGUCGAACCAAGUAGAAGGAUGCUUAUUUGCCAUUUUCCACUUGGUUCGACCAGCCCAUUUUGGCCUAGCCAAGUGAGAAGUCUUAACCUCUAUCCAUAGCCCAUAUCGGACUAUCUAAGGGAUAUGCCUAUACCAGAAAUUCAUACUUUUCAGAUUCAGCACGUCAACUACUCCUACAAACCAAAAUUUUGUGCUGAAAAAAUUAUUUGUUAUUUAGCCGACAAUAUAUCACAACUCUCAUCCUUAUAUUCUCCCCUUUCUUAGUGUGUCUUUAUCUUGUAGGACUCCAAAACUUGUCUGAAUCUUUACUAUCUAGAGAUUAUGAAAUAAAUCCACCAAUAAAAAGCACUGCAAAAAUCCCUAAAUGUGUUGGAAAAGAUUGUGAAACUUUAAGAUUUUGAAUUUCAGGGGAAAAUAAAGAAUGAGCUGAUUUUGUCAUAGACUCAGUCUCAAAAGAUUUUAAUUUAAAAAUCGGCAAAGACGUAAAAAUUGCUAAGAAGCCUGAUGAUUUUGGCCAGUAUUUUUUAAAGAAUAUGAAUAAAACUAAAAUUGGGGUCGUUUUAUGCACAGAAUCUUUAAUUUUGCCUAGAAAUGAUUUUAUUAAAGAAAUUCCAUGCCAAAACACUAAUGGAUUUUCAGUUUAUUUGUACAAUAUUCUAUAUAACUUGACAGAAACUUCUAUUAACCUAUUUGAUAAAAAUGCUCCAGACCCUCUUGAUCAGUCUGUACUUUUAGUUAAAAUUGCGAUUGAUCGUGCAAUAUUAAAAUAUAGUGCAAAACUUAAGGGUGCAGAAAUCCCUAACAUUGAAGCUUCAUUCCAGUCCUUUCCUAAAGCAGGAAACAGGUUUGUUGAAAAUUAUGACUGUGUCGCGAUGGUCGGGCCAAUGCUUUUUUUUAUCCCACCACUUUUGAUUUUUGGUAUGAUCGUUAGUGAAGUUGUAAAAGAAAAAGAAUUAAAAUUAAGGCAUGGGCUUGCAGUGAUGGGUGUCUCCAGCUCUGCUUUUUGGAUAUCUUGGUUUAUCACUGCUUUUAUCAUUUCUUUAUUAUCUACGAAUUGUUUAAUUUUUUCAGCUUAUUUAUUUGAUUUUGAUGUCUUUAUGAAUUCGCCUUAUCUGUAAAAUUUAUUUAGAAUCCAAUUGAUGAAUUUCGAACUAUUUACCCUUUCAAUGCUUAUGCUUGGGUUUUGUCUUUCCACUAUUUUAAAAUCCGUAAAAGUCGCCUAUACAAUUUCCUAUACUUUUCUAUUAACUGGAAUUGUAAUGCAAUCUAUUUUAGAAAGCCAUCUAAUUAUGCAAUUAAUUCAUGUAAAAGAUUUACCAAGCUGGACUUAUUGAAUAAGGUGGAUUUUUUCUUAUUACCCAGGGUAUAAUUUUUCAAAAAUUUAUUCUGAUAUUGGCGGAAAAGCUGGAGGACACCCAAAUUUUGACGAGCGCAGAUUUGAAGAAGGGACUGAAUACUCUAUGAAGGAUUUUUCGCAGCCGAGAGUUGGCUAUAUAAAUGGGUAUGAAUAUUAUAUUAAACCUAGCAUUGAUUCUAUGUAUGACCAAAUUUUUGAUUUUUUUUUAUUUCUUGUGCUGGCUUGGUAUUUUGACCAUAUUUUGUCAAGUAAUAGAGGAAAAUCUGAGUAAUUUUUAUAUAGCCAGCUGUGAUUUAUGUUUACUAAAGAGUACUGGGGAUGCAAAAGGAGGCUUAAAAAACAGUUAAAUAAACAUAUAGAAAUGGUCAGUAUAAAGGAAUCAAUAUUGGAGGACUCAAUAGAAGAAAUUAAAGAAAAAAAUGAGGGUUUACGCAUUGAAGGGAUAUAUAAAACCUAUAAAAAGCAUUUAUUUUCUUCUAGUGAUGAUAUAGAAGCUGUAAAACCUAUCAAUUUGUCUAUAGAAAAAGAUGAACUUUUAGUCCUUAUCGGUCACAAUGGUGCUGGAAAAACCACUCUUUUAAGCAUGCUCACAGGACUUCUAUCUCCAACUGGUGGCACCGCUUAUAUCUCAAAUUAUGAUAUAAGCCACGAUAUGGAUAAAACAUAUAGGAUUAUGGGUUAUUGCCCUCAAUUUGAUAUAUUAUGGAACGAGUUAUACCAAUAUAUAAGAAAAGCUUAUCCUAUUUUUAAAUAAAAAAUAUUAACAUAAUACACUAAUUUUUGGCAUAACAGGCUAUGAGCAUUUAAAAUUAUUUUCUAUCAUAAAAAAUAUCCCAGAAAAUAUCAGAGAAAAAUCAAUAUCAGACACUUUAAAAAAUGUUAGCCUAGAAGAUGCUGCAAAUCUCCCAGUCGGGAAAUAUAGUGGAGGGAUGAGAAGGAGGCUGUCUGUCGCCAUUUCUAAUGUAGGGAACCCUUUGAUUAUUUUUAUGGACGAGCCCACUACAGGGAUGGAUCCCAUUUCAAAGCGAUUUGUGUGGAAAUUGAUUAAAAAUAUGAAAAAAAAUAAAGUCGUGGUAUUGACCACACACUCAAUGGAAGAAGCUGAAGUUUUAUCUGACAAAAUCGCAGUUAUGGUCGAUGGAAAAAUAAAAUGUAUAGGGACUCCUUUAUAUUUAAAAAAUACCUUUGGAGAAGGAUAUAGGGCUUCUUAUUAAAUUGGCUAAAUAAAAAAUAAUAAAAAGGCUCAAGACAAAUCCAAAGCAAAAUCCUAUAUAAAGUUGAGCUUUUUUCUAAAGAUACUCAUAAGCUAUGAAGCUAUAUCAGUUCCUCAAUUCCGAAUGCCCAUUUAGUAGAUAAUAGUGGAGGAAGCUUGGUGAUUUCCAUUUCAAGAAACUUGCCAGAAGAAGCUUUAAAACUCUAUAAAAUGAUUGAAGAAGAUCAUGAAAUUUCUGAAUUAAUUGAAAAUUGGGGGUUAAGCAAUGCAAGCCUUGAAGAGGUUUUUAUGAGAGUUACUGAAAAAAUUCAUCAUUAUAAUAAAUAA